GAACGUCUUUGUGGAUGAGCAGUAACAGUCCUGAUUCGGUCCCAUAAACCAUGGCCUACCAGCUGUAUAGAAACACCACGCUGGGGAACAGUCUUCAGGAGAGCCUGGAUGAGCUCAUACAGUCUCAGCAAAUCACCCCACAGCUUGCCCUUCAAGUGCUGCUUCAGUUUGACAAAGCUAUCAAUUCCGCGUUGGCACAACGGGUCAGAAACAGAGUCAAUUUCAGGGGCUCGCUGAACACAUACCGGUUUUGUGACAAUGUCUGGACGUUCGUGCUGAACGAUGUUGAAUUCAGAGAAGUCACCGAACUUGUGAAAGUGGACAAGGUGAAGAUCGUAGCCUGUGAUGGAAAAAAUACUGGUUCCAAUGCAGCCGAGUGAAGGGGAAACAGGCUUCCGCGCCAGCGUUGUCUUGUUGGGCCGCACUU